UAGGCUAAUCACUGCAACAAACCAGCAUGAUUUGUUAUUAACACUACUCGCUCCCAGGCUGGAGUCCCAGCCUUUGUCGUCUGAGAAGAGGAACCAGCUCGAGAGUGUAAAAAUGAAAGCAAACUGUCUUGUCUUCACUGUAUGGUGUUUUAUCGUGGCUGGUAUUUAUGCUGAUACAAAAAAAGAGUCAGCGGUGGAGGGAGAGCCUUUCACGCUACGCGUACGCACUGAUAAUAUUAAACAGCAACAGGAUACAGUGCUGUGGAAUUAUGAAGACGAUCGCAUUGCUCAGAUCAAUAAAGAUUUCAGUGCAAGCUGUUCAUAUGACGGUCCUGACGGGAAAUUCAGAGACAGGCUGAAGAUGGACUAUGAGACCGGAUAUCUGACCAUCACAGAAACCAGACUUGAAGAUGCUGGACGUUAUGAAGCAGAGAUCAUCGGAAGCAAAAGUUUAGGCAAAAGUCAAAGCUUGAACAGAAACAGCAAGUGUGACAGCACAAAAAUCAUCAAAAAAAGCCCGGACAUGAGUAGCGACACAACAAUCGAUCUGUCCGUCACUGGGAAAAAACAAAUGAAAGAACAACUUGGGGCUGUUCCAGGUUCAGGUCUGUCUACAGCUGUUGUAGCAGCAGUAUCUUUUGCUGUUCUGCUGGUGUGUGUGGUUUCAGCUGUUGGUGUGAUGUACCUUCGCCGCAGGAGCUCUAGAAAUGACACAGAGAAACUAACUGGAAAGCGUCUUUUGGAAAAACAGGAUAGAGAGGAAGUUGUGGUGGCCUGUGAGAACCAGCAUGAAAUUAUGUAAAAACAUUUCCAUUUCACCCAAAUUGGACAAUUAGCUGCUGUUGAGGACAAAUGCUUUACAGCCCACAUAGAUUCAUUACAAAGUCCCUAACUUUAACUUUUAUGUAAAUAUUAAAGAUGUUAUUAUGACUGGUUAUGCUUUUUAAAACUAUUAUUACUUCAACUUUGUUUGAAUUAAAUUAUUUGAUAGUUUUACAUUUAUUGAUUUAGCAGAGGCUUUUUAUACAAAGGUUGGUUGUGGGUUAGUUAAAGGAGUAGUUUACU